UAGAGAUGACACAUACACUUAUUACCAAAUAACUUAUUCAUCCACCACUUCUACAUCUGAUGCCAAAGAAUAAAAACUUAAUUAGAAAAGGUUUAUAAGAAUUAUUUUCAAAAAAGCACCAAAACCCGAACAUGGAUAAUGUUAGUAUGCGUAUUGACACAUUAAAAACAGAAGCAAAUGACCUGCGAAAGGAAGUCAAAGAUCUAAGAGCAUCGCUGGAACAACAAAAUGAACUGAUUAUCAGUCUGCUCACUAGGCAGAGUCAAUUGCUGGAGCAAGCUAGUUUGAUAUCAGCGGUAGCUGAACCAAAUGUAUCCGAAGUGGUUUAUGGGACAAAUAUUACGGAAAUUAUUCGCCGUUUCCCCUUAAAAGAUAUGGAAAGUUUGAAGCAAUAUGAAUCGAGACUAAAUGAUGAUAAUAAGCAACAAAAUAUAAAUAUCGUACAACAUCUAGUUGCACCCCAUGGGCUUGUAAAAAAUAUAGGGCAUGUUAUUUCGGAUAAAAUUAUUAUGGAAGUCAAUGUUGAUGGUCAUCAUAAUAAGAAAAGGCUGCUGGAUUAUAAACGAUUUAUAGAAGUUUUGUACGGUGCCUGCUGUAACGAACACUAUACGCAAAAAGACUUCUUAAACGACCUUAGGCGAGCGUUAAGAAUUGCGAAAAAUCGUUGUCACAAAAACAAUUGCGUUGCCCGACAGAAGCUGCGUGGAUGUGAAACUGUAGCAGAAAUAAAUUUGGACAUUGUGAAAACCGAGGGGGGUGUUAAGUUUGAAUAGAGAAAAGUAACCUUUGUAUUUCUAUGUAUAAAUGAAAUUAAUAAAAGUUUAAGCACUAGCUAGGAAUAAGAUCAUUUUUAAUUACUAUUUAGUUAAUAGUAGUAUUAAGUAUUGCUAUUAAGUUAAUAUAGUAUUAAUGCUUAUUAUUUGUCAGUCUAUUCUAACAUAGGAACUGAAAUCGUAUAAGAGGAUACUCAUUUGAAAUUGAGAGAAAUUGUAAAUAUUAAAUCUAAGUAAUAUUUGUACAUCAACAA